UUCGUCAUCCCUCUCUUCUCCCAAGUUGCCAGACCUUAUUCCUCAGCUGGGAAUGCUAUACCAGUUAAUGGAGAGCAGAGUAAAAACUUUGCAAAAGCUUUCCCGUCUGCAUGGAAGACUCUUCAUUCUUGUCACCCAGGUUGCAGCAUCGGAAGCAGUUCAGGAUGUAACUGAGGUUAAUCAGACUGCAAAGCUGGUAUAUGAGGAUGAAUCCUCAGGGGAGGAAGGAUCAGAUGAUGAGAUGAUGGCAGAUAAAGACUCUGAUGAAAACUGGGAUGAAGAUGAAGAAAAAGAGGAGCAAUCUGAUGAACAAGAAAUGACUGUUGAAAAGGAAAUCAAUGGUGAUUCUGAUUUGGAACCAGAAAAUGAAAGUGAAGAAGAAUAACAGCACGAAAGAAUAAUUUUAACAGUUUUAACAAGUGGGCCACCAAACUCUAAUUCUGGAUCAUCUUGCUGAAAGGUGCCAUAUUUGCAUAUAGGGAGUGCAGAUGUGCACGGCCUGUGUGCAGCGGCACAUGUGGGACACUGUGCAUUUCUGAAUCCAGAAUGUUUAACCAUGCCAGCCUUCUCUUGACCUAUUUCCCUGCGCUUACUUAUAGAAACAUUUCUUCCACCUCAUGGUCAGAUUAUGCCUGUCGUGUGGACAUGCAUUUGUAUCUCAAGUGAAUAAAUCUGCCACCGCUGUUUGUGUGGUAAACUUGGUUCAGCAUUACAUGGAAUUUGUUUCAAAUAUUCAAGGAUCAAAAACAACCAGUCUAUACCUUCUUUCCAUGCUUCAGUUAGCAGUAGCAAGUGGGCAUCCUGCUGCAUUUUUAAAAAAAAAGAAACAGAAAAAAAUAUUUUUGUAAUAUUUAAAUUCUCUACUGAAAUUCUUUUCUUCCCCCCAUCCUCCAUUGGUUUAGCCAUGCCUUGGCAAUAUCUAAAUGCCACCCUGACUUAAAAAUGGCUUUUUCUUUUUUUAACAAAUUUGAACU